UAGGCCUUAUUUACCUUUACUAACUAUCGUUACGGUGGAGAAUGACGUCGGAGAAGCUCCCUUACGGUCACCUCAUGCCGGAGAGGAGCACCCGCCGGGAACGCACGGGCGGCCCGCUCGGAUCGCUCGUAGGUGUUCUCGGCGCCGCCGCGGUGUUUGUUUCCGCCGUGGUGCUGGCCGUGAUCGUGCAGAACAUCGGUCAUGAGAUGGGGAAUCUCCGGGCCAAUGUGGAGAGGGACCACGACGAGAUGGCUAAACUGCAAGAAAAGGUAAUCUCCCUUGCGACAAACGAAGAGAAAAGCGACGCAGAGAUAAUCAAGCUCCAAGCCCAGGCUCAGAGAGACCACGACGACAUGGCUAAACUGCAAGAAAAGGUGACCAUCCUAGUUGCUAGGGCCGAGAGAGACCACGACGAGAUGGCGAAACUCCAAGCUCGGGCCGAGAAAGACCAAGAGGAGGUCCUGUCUCUGAGGGAGAGGAUUGUCGUGCUGGAAACACAGGUCCGAGGCGCGACUUUCCCACCAAACUACGCCGAACAACAACAAAUGUCCCAUAGCCCUGAGGGAGGACAGUCUGGGCACGGCGGCGAGGCUGACACCGGGGGACAGAACAACAACGCCACGGUGGGAGGACUUGCGCACAGGCGCUCCAAGAGAGAUUCGCCUAACUGGGUUCGACUCCCGUCUGGGUCAGGUUGUUGUGAGAACCAGCCGGGACGGGACGGACGGGACGGACGGGACGGAAUGGCGGGAGCACCCGGGCUGAAGGGUGAGCCUGGACAGAAAGGAGACACUGGACUGCAAGGUCAUCAAGGGGCCAAAGGUCAGAAAGGCGCACAAGGGACAAACGGAUUAGGUGGCGCUGUUUAUGUCCGCUGGGGCAGGAAGACUUGUCCCUCUGGAGCAACAACUGUCUACUCUGGUAAGGUCUUCUUAGUCAUAUUUCGACAGAGAAUAUGCUAUGGGGCUCGAGAUUACAUGUUCUAUAUCCCAGGAAAACUGCAUUUUAAGUAG